AACAGGAGCAAACGCCUGGAGAAAGUCCAUGUUGUUCUUGCGAAUAAAUCCUGUGAUCUGGAUUCGCUCAUUUCUUCUCUGGCCUAUGCCUACUUUCUAGACAAGGUCAGUCCUCCUGACGUUCUUUGCUUACCCGUGUUGAACAUACCAAGAAGAGAUUUUAGCUACUUCACAGAGACAAGAUUUAUAUUGGAGGAGCUGAAUAUCCCGGAGUCAUUCCAUAUCUUCCGAGAUGAAAUCAAUUUGCACCAGCUGAAUGCUGAAGGGAAAUUGUCUUUAACACUUGUAAACAGCAACAUGCUGACAAGUGAGGAUAAAAGUUUGGAAUCAGCUGUUGUCAAAGUCAUCAAUCCAGAUGAGCAAUGUGACGGCAGCCUGGAGUUACAAACGUCUUCUUCCUCUUUAGUAGUAAAAGAGAUUCUUCAGGAGGCACCAGAGUUAAUCACUCAGCAACUGGCUUAUCUCCUCAGAGGAAGCAUUCUCUUCAAGUGCAUGUCUUUGGAGGCUGACAGAAUUACAGAGCAGCAAGAGAAAGUACUGUCAAUCCUAGAGGAAAAGUUUCCAGGCCUUCCCCCACGAGAGGAAAUUAUCUCUGUUCUCCAGGAGACUCAGUGUAACCAACAAGGUGUAAGUAUUGAGGAGAUUAUGCUGAAGGAUCUCAAGGAGAUUUCAGAUGGAGAAAUCAAAGUGGCAAUCAGCACUGUGUACCUGACACUGGAGGACUGCAUAUUACACAGAAGUCUUGUUGCUGAACUGAAAGCAUUCAUAGAUAAAUAUGGGUUUGAUGUACUUGUCAUUUUGGCCAACUGCUUGUCAGAUGAGAAGCAAACGAAACGACAAAUAGCGGUAUACUCGGAAAACGUAGAGCUAGGCAAUCAAAUCUGCUGUGAAUUAGAAGAAUGUCAGAAUCCUUGUUUGGAGCUGGAUCCUUUAGAAUGUGGAUGUGACCAAAUUCUCAUUUAUCAUCAAGAAAAUUCUUUGGUGACCUGUGAUCAAAUUUUUCUUCUAGUUAAGGAAGUUAUGAAUAGAAGACAACCGGAAAUGGUAUCAAACAGUAGAACUUCUUCUACUGAAGCUGUUGCUGGAAGUGCUCCACUUUCACAAGGAUCUUCUGGUAUUAUGGAGUUAUAUGGUUCUGAUGUGGAACCACAGCCCAUUUCUGCCAAUUUUAUAGAAAAUCCACAAGAUCUAAAUGGAUCUAUGCAAGCCCACGUUGAUGUUAAUGUAGACCUUGUGAGCCCAGACAGUGGAUUGGCUACCAUUAGAAGCAGCCGGUCUUCCAAGGAGAGUUCUGUUUUCCUUAGUGAUGAUAGCCCUGUUGCAGAAGGUGCUGCUUCCCAUCACAGUCUUCUGCCUGGCUUUGACUCCUAUAGCCCUAUUCCUGAAGGAGCAGUAGCUGAAGAACAAAAACCUCAGUCUAGAGACAAUAGUGAUAACUUUGAUCUUUUCAAUUUCGAUCUGGCACCCGUGGUUACAGCUCCAUCCGAGUCAUCAUCUCAUUCUGUCGAUUGUUCCCCAGCAGAUGACUAUUUCCUUAAUAGUGAUUCAUCAGAAGGACAUCAACUCACUGUGCAGAAAGAACUUGAUGAGGCAAACCUACUAGAAAAUGAUACAGCAAAUUAUUCAAAUGAUUUAUUUGUAACACCGAAUGAGGAAGACAAUUUAACUGAAUUUGAUGAGAAUCCAGGAGAACUGUGUGAGAAAACUUCAAAUUUGAUUGAUUUAGUUGAAGGUGAUUCUUCACCAGAAAUUUUGAAAUCAGCUGAUUCAAGAGUUCCACCAACUCCUAUGAACAGUCUUGUAGAAACUUCACCAUUAGAUAAUGGGCAGCCUUUAUUUUUCCCACAGGAUGUCAUUAAAAAAAUUAAUGAAAUAGAUGGCACAAAUUAUUCUCAGUCUCGUGUUAGAUAUGGGAGCUGGUGGGAUGGCUUUGACAUAGAGUCCAGAAAUGCUGAUACAUGGAGUUCAAGUGAGCAGGAAUCUGUAUUUCAGAGCCCUGUCUUAUGGAAAGAUUGUAAAGAAAGUCCCUUGCUACGAGAACAUAUUGAUAGAAGAGCCUCAGAUUCUGUAUUCCUACAAAAACAGCCAAAGCAAAUGGAAUACAUGAGAGCAGGUCUGUGGGAUAAUCAAUUUAAACAAGAUAAUUGGAACCAUGAGAAUCAAGAGAAAAACAGUGAGCAUUCACGUUUGCAAACUGCUUCUUUAGAGGAGACAAAGCAAGAACUGGAGAGCUUUACUAACCCAUGGAAUGUCAGUCAGCCGACAUCUAUGAUAUCAGAUGCAUGGUGUAGUGGUGAAGGGAAGAGUAGUCAGCUAGCUGGAAAUUCUUACGAAGUCUGGACUAAGUUCGAAGCAGGAGACAUUGCUAGAUCCUCAGAAAAUAUGUGGAACAUGCCCAGACUGGAUAGAGAAAAAAAAUCAGUGAAUAUUCCUGAGGAAUGGGCCAUAUCAAAAACUAGUUUAUCAGAUUCUUCAGAAAUCACAGCGGACAAUGAGGCUGAAAAUCCACCUAUCCAGAUAUCUCCAGAAGCCUGGGAUAAAGACAGAUAUUAUUCAGUAGAAUAUGGAAAAUCUGAGAAUAUAAAUUCUGUUUUCAACAAUAUGCAAAAUAAUUCCAAGCUGCAAACAGAGGAAAAAACUGUAUUUGGUGACCCUAAACGUAGACCAAAACAAUUUGAAAAUAUAGAGACCUGGAAUAUCUAUGACAAAAACAACAUCCGGAAAGAAGUAACAGAAGUAGUAGUGCCAUGGGAGGAUACCUUCUUGUAUAAACACUCAGAUCUUCCUUCAUCCAACAUAAGUGAAGAUUUAGUUAUUUCUCCACCAGACACCAAUUAUUCAACAUCUGAUUCAUAUGUAUCACCUACAUAUGUGGAAGAUGAAAGAGAAAAUGAGGACAAAGAUUUUGAUGAAGGAUCAGUUAUUGAUAAAUUGAUAAACCCAAAUUUGGCUGAGCCAAAAGUACUUGAGAAAGCAAAUAAGGAACCAUUAUCUCCUAGAAACAUGCCUUUUUCAAGCACUGGAAACACAGACAUCUGGAACACUCCCCUAAAUAAUGUCACCCCGUUACAAGAAAGAAAUUCUGAAAUUACUGCUCUUUCUGUAUCUGCUAAACCUUUCCUUAAUUCAGAACAAAGACCUAAUCAAUGUUUUUCAACUGAGAUACAUACCAGUGAAAAUAAUUUUUCUGUAUCUGAAAACAGAAGAAAAACACCAAUAUACAAACAAACAGUAAAUGACUUAUCACCUCCACAGAACAAAUUAAAUACUAGACAGACUGCAGCUGAAAAUGUAGAAACAGUGAGCAGUGUUCCUGUAGAAGACACAGACACAUCUACGUCAACUUCGGACACUGGGAAUGGUUUGGAUCUGAAAAUAUGUGACUUAGGGAGUGAGCUAAUUAGUAAGAAGGCAGUGCAAAACACUGCUGAUACGGAUGAAAAGCUGGAUAGUCAAGAUUCAGCGCAGCAGCUGAACUCAUGGAGUUUACAGACUGGGCAGGCCUGUGAGGAAGUCUGGGAGAAUACAACUGUCAUCUCUCAGGACGGAAAAGAGGAAUAUAAGAGUACAGAUGAGAUAAGUGAACAGCAAAUGCUUAGUGACAUCUGUAAUAAACCAGUGCAAGAGGACAGUGAAUCUUCAUGUAACGCAGAUUCAGAAGAAAACAGGUCAACAACUGAAGUUCCCAGCUCCCCAGAAAAAACGAGGAAUAGUGUUAGUUUAGAAGCAUUAGUCACAGAGAAUGAGUCAUUUUCCAAUCAAAGUAAUCCAGUUAGUCAGGAAGAGAAGAAAGACUUGUUACAGAAUAAUGUAGAGUCUUCUUCAAGUCCUUCUGAGGAAGGCAGAAAUUAUGACUCCAGACCACAAAAUUACAAUAAUAGUGAAACAUCACAUCUGCUUUCUGAGAAAGCUGAAAAGGAGACUACAGUGAUAGAGGAUGCAACAAGUCCUGAGAUGGAAAGUAUGUCUGAAAGUUCUGAUAAGGGUAGUGAUAAUCCUGAAAACAAUUCUUCUGAAAUGUCCACAUCAACUCCUCUGAUGACUGACCCACAAGAAGAACUGGGAGAAGCGAAAGAGGGCUUACAUGAAGUGGUUCCUAACCAUCCAGGCAUUUGUAAAUCUGAGUUAGUAUCUUUCAAAAAUAGCUCUGAACUGAACAGAACUCAUGAAAAGUCUUUCACAGAUGAGUUUAAGAGUCCUUCUUAUGGAUAUGUUAGUGUUCCUGACAUUACAGAUCUGUCUGCAGUGGAAAAUUCAUUUUCACAUGAAAUAGUUUCUGGGAGAAAUGAAAACUCUGAAAAUUUAGACCCUGCUAAUAAUCUUUGCAGAGAGCCAUAUGUAAUGUUUAAUGACAGUUUUCCCCAAACUGCUUGGAAUUCACAGCCAUGUGAAGAUUGUCAGUCUCCUGGAACAAGCCCUGAGGCAAGUGAAGCCCUUGAAAUGGCAAACACCACAAGCAGCCUUUCAAAAGCUAUACAGAUCAAAAGUUAUUUGGAAGAAGAUAAUGUGUGGAGUGAUUCAAUAAAUGAUUACGCGCACUCAAGUGGAACAAGUCCUGAUUUAAGUGAUGCAUCUGUGAAUGUGUGGGGAGACAUUCCAGUUGCCAGUCAUCACAAAAUCAGUAGGGAUAUGUGGGAUAUUAAGAAUAAUAAAAAUCUUGAAGAUGCUUACAAAAGGAAUGAAUUUGACAAUAAAUGUGAAGAAGGAUUUGAAACCAAGGCUGAACAGAACAAAGUUCCUAAAAGCUUAGAUUUUUGGAAUGCCCAUGUAGAUGAUGAUACUGUAUCUUCUCUAUCAAGUCCUGACAUAAAUGAAGAUUCAGAGAAUUCAGAAACAGGUUCAAAAGUGAUUCAUGAAGAUUCCAUGUAUGAAAAGGAACAGCACAAAGGAUCUGAAAUUGGAGAGGAUUAUGCUCAAUCCAACGCAACAAGUCCUGAAGCAAAUGAAGACAAUUUAGAUGCAAAAUCUAAGGUGGGAGAGGAGGUCCAGGUAGGCAUCUUCAGUGAAAAUCCUGAAACAAUUAAAGCUGGGAAAGUAUUACAGGAGGCCUUGACUACAAUGGAGUGUAAUGAGACUUCUGAAUAUUUAAGUCAUUGUGAAACACUUCAGAAGAAAGCUCAAGUGUGUAUUUUCAGUGAAAAAACAGGUAGUGGAGAAGACGCAUAUUUGUAUCUAAUGAAUGAAGAUACUACACCAACUUCUGCUGGUGGUGAUAAAGAAGAGUAUUCUUCAAAAGCUGUAGAUACGUGGAGUACGUCAUUGGAAGCCGAUUUAAAAACUGAUCCAAAAUCCACAGCGGGAACAUUUGCUUUUCCAGAUGACAGUUCAGAAUGGUGGAAUUCACAACCUGGUGAAGAAAAGCAAGUGGAAGAUCAGUAUUCUGUUUCAAAUCACUCUGCAACAAACCAGUUAACAAAUAGUAAGAAUGACCCCUGGGGAUCACCCUCACAAGAUGAAGAACUAAAAGCAGCACAUUUCACUAAUGCAAGUAAUGACGGAAAUCAGCCUCUCUCUCUGUACUGCGAUGAAAAAGAAGAUGAAAGGCUAGUACAUCCUAUGAAUAUUCCUGGUAGUCAAAUAAAUCAAGAUGCUAUACAGUUCAAACAAUUUGAUCCCUUCAUACUGGAUAAAGAAGAAAAGGGCUUGAAAGAGCAGGAAAAUGAACUGACUCCACAGAAUCCUUUUUCAGAUGAGGAACGAGGUAUGCCAAAUAUGUCAGUUCAAGAAAUCACUGUACUGGAUCUACCAAAAGACAAUGAGGGAGAUGCAAGUCUCAUUCCUCAAGAACAACAGCAGGAUACCUGUGAAAGAUCAGAAGUGCACAACUCCCUUCCAGGUGCUUUCACUGUAGAUGACACAUCUUUUGAAAUGACAAAGAAGCCAAGUCCAAGUCCAGGGUGGAGUAUAAUAGUUCCCCAAACUGCAUUUAUCCCAGAUAUUUUACAGGACAACACACAAGAAAGUAAUCAGCUGCUUUCAGUGGAACCUGACCUGUGGACUAAUGCUGAGCAGAUUGUUACUUUGAAAUCAGAUGGUGAAAAUCCUGAUAUAUUAAGUCACUGUGACCAAGACAAUAGUUCAGAGGCAUCAAGCAGUCCUGAUGUGUGCCAGGAGUAUGAAGUUAAGCAUGCGUCUAUCUCAUCUUCUCAGAUGGGGGUGGAGCCUGAAGACAAAAAUAGUCAGUCGAUUCACACAUGGUCAAAUAUGAGUAGAGAGUCAGGUCUUGAUUCAAAGUGUCAGUUAGUAAUACAGAAAGUAGAGACACAGUCUGAAAGCAGUAGCCCCCAGGACCAUGAUCAGGGAAAGACCGAUCAGCUAAUCUCUUCUAAUACUCAGGAGCCUCAUGAAUUUGCAGUUUUGGAAGAAUAUGGUCCAGAAAAUAGAUUUGUUACUGAUCCAAUUGAAUCAGCUGGAAUUACCAACGAAGUUUUAGAAGUGACGUCCUUAGAUCUGAAAGACACAUUCAAUGAAAGUUUUACUCCUGCAAGCCAUCAAGGAACACCAACUAAUACAGCUCAAAUAGUGACCUCCCAAAUGCGUUUGGUUCCCAUAGAUUUCAGCCUACCUGAUAGGGCAGAACAAAACUUAAAAGAAAUCAGUGCCUUGCCUGAAGUUGGAAAAUAUUCUGAUAUUGACCAUACAGCAAUAACUGGUAAUGAGCUAGACAUGUCAGAAGCAUGUGUGGAUGACUCUGAGGUGGGGGUAGAACAUAACAUCAGGAACAGAUCAGUGACUAAUGUCCCGGCAAGCACAUGUGGUGGAAUGGCCAUACUGGCAGUAUUAGGCAGUGAAGCAGGAGAAGGGGAAUCAAAGGAUAAAGAGAUAUUUUUUCCCAAAUCCUUUCUGCCUGGUGAUAAUGAAGACCAUGAAUCUGAUUCAAAUAAUCAACUGGUUGAUGACAUAGCAAAAGAAUCUGAAGAUGCAAUUGAAAAUGAUGUUCCUGUGUUUAAGGAAAUGCCCAGUGACCAAUCACCAGUGCUGCAUGCUCCAUCAUCCUAUUUAUCUUUUGAUGCUGAACCCUCUGGCAGUAGAGAGUAUGCAAAGGAUGAACUCUUGUUACAGCACCCAUUUUGUGACAGUGUUUCUUUGGAAAAACCUUUACCACUGCCAAUUCCUUCAGAAGGUGCAGAAAGCAUCCUAAUGACCAAAGACAGCAUUAUUAAAGAUCAGGUGUCUGGCACAUCCACGGAGUGCCUUCAAGAGAAUCACACAUCAGUACCUUCACUCUCCAAGUCUGAAGUAACUCUAGGAGCUUCUGAGACUUCGACAGGAAAAUCUGAAGGAGAAACAAUUGAUCUGAACUCACCGCCAGGUGGAGAUAAAAGAUCACCUGAUGAAGCUGGCACUGACUCCCUACUUUGUACGGAGAAUGAACCGAGAAAUUCCUCUGAGAGCCCCGAACUGAAAAGUACAGAGGGUAAGGAAGAUGUGAGGAUGCAGGUGCACCGAGAUCCAACUUCACUGGACAUGGAUUACAUCCUUGUUACUGAGGAAGAAAAUAUACCAUCAACAAAAGACACCCUUGAAAGAAAUGAAAGUAAUUUUACAUUUCAAGAAGCUAAUGUAGCUGAACAAACAGAAUCUCAUGAAGGCUUUUCACCUGGCUCCUUGGAUACCUUUCAGUCAAUCUCCAUUACAACUGAAAGGGAAGAUCACUCUGUUUGUGGGACUGAAUGGGACUCUGUUCAUGUAGAAGAAAAAUGUUCUUCUGUUGUGCCUCAAAAACUGGAUGAUGAAAGGAGAUCUCAGGAAAGCUCUGGGCAAGAUGAGGGCUGGAUUAUAUUGGGCCAAAAUGAAGUCAGAGACAUAUCACCUGAAGAGAUUUCUGCUGAGUCAGAGAUGCCAAAAUCGGGAUCUGGACAUUCUGGAGAAGAACCAGCAGUUGUUGCAACACAGGAAUCUAUCCUUGACACUCAAACAGAAUUUCAAGUGUUUGAUGGUGAUGAGGUAUGGGAAGAAAAUUCUCAACAGACGCUUGGAAAUAACGUAGCAACAGAACAAGAAAUGAAGGAGGAAGUAGUGCUUCUCAACAGUGAAAGAGAACAGAGUCAAAACUCAGGGUUGGUACAAGAGGAUGUGGGAAUGGACAUCCCCUUUGCUGAGGAUGUACUAAGCCCCAGUUCUACAGAGAUGAGACCUGAACCUCCCAAUUCUCUUGAUCUUGACGGUUCCCAUCCCAGAAGGAUAAAGCUCACUGCUCCAAAUAUCAAUCUCUCUUUGGACCAUAGUGAAGGGUCUGUACUCUCUGAUGAUAAUUUGGAUACACCGGAUGAAAUUGACAUCAAUGUAGAUGACCUUGACACUCCUGAUGACGCAGACUCUUUUGAAUACACUGGACAAGAAGAGCGGACUGCUGCUAAGGAUGCUUCCCAGGAGGAGUCAGAAUCAAUUCCAGAGUACACCGCUGAAGAGGAGCGAGAGGACAACAGGUUAUGGAGAACUGUGGUUAUUGGAGAACAAGAACAAAGAAUUGACAUGAAAGUCAUUGAACCUUACAAAAAGGUCAUUUCACAUGGAGGAUACUAUGGUGAUGGUCUGAAUGCUAUCAUUGUGUUUGCAGCAUGCUUCUUGCCGGACAGCAGUCGAACUGAUUACAACUAUGUCAUGGAAAAUCUUUUCCUCUAUGUAAUCAGUACCUUAGAGUUGAUGGUAGCUGAAGACUAUAUGAUUGUAUACUUGAAUGGAGCAACACCAAGAAGGAAAAUGCCUGGACUGGGUUGGAUGAAAAAAUGUUACCAGAUGAUUGAUCGAAGAUUACGGAAGAAUUUGAAAUCAUUUAUUAUUGUUCAUCCAUCAUGGUUUAUCAGGACAAUUCUGGCUGUGACACGACCUUUUAUAAGCUCUAAGUUCAGCAGUAAGAUACAGUACGUUAACACAUUGGCAGAGCUUCGUGAGAUGAUUCCAAUGGAAUACGUGGAUAUACCAGACAGUAUUGUCAAACUGGAUGAAGAGCUGAGGGAAACUUCAGAAACAGCUAAAACUAGCUGCCUCUCAAAUGAUCCAGAAAUCACUUCAGUGGAGCAGGAGUAA